AUGGCAGGGUCACAACUCAAGCGUCUCAAGGCGUCAUUGAGAGAGCAGGGCAUAACUGGACCUCAGCAGUCUAAGAAACAGCGCCGUAAGAACGCUGAGCAAGGCAAGGCACGCAGCGAUAAGAGACUCCAGCGAGGUGUGGUUUUGGAGGGAAUCCGAGAGCAAUUUAACCCGUUUGAUCUGAAGCACGCUGCCCGAGGCCCCAAGUUUGAUGUGACAACCAACCGAGUCGCUACGGGAGAUGCGGCCAAGGGGAUUCGAGGACGGCCCGGCGUCGCCAGAGCUGCUGGUGAAGAAAGGAGACGAGAGACACUCCUAGUUGAUAUGCAGCGGCGCAACAAAAUUGGAGGCAUUCUUGACAGACGGUUCGGCGAAUACGACCCCACAAUGGCGCCAGAAGACAAAAUGCUCGAGCGAUUCGCCCGAGAAAAACAGCGAAGCCACAAGAAGAGCUCAAUAUUUGAUCUAGAAGAUGAUGUUCCUAUGGAAGGCGGUCUCACUCACGGGGGCAAAGCUCUGGAAUUCGACGACGACGAACUGGUGGACGACUUCCAGGAACAUGACUUGGACAUUUCCUACGACAGUGAUGGCUCCAUGAGGGAAGUACAGCGCCUGAAACGACUUCGAUCCUUGGCAUCGGCAGAUAAAGAUGAAGGUGAACAGGAUGAGCCGGAGAGGAAGAAAAGCAAGAAGGAGGUCAUGGAAGAAAUUAUCGCCAAAUCGAAGAUGCACAAAUACGAAAGACAAGCCGCCAAGGAUGUCGACGAGGAUAUGCGUGUCGAGCUGGACAAGGAACUCCAGAGUAUUCAAAUGCUUCUCAGAUCAACCAAGGGUUCACAACGCGAGAGCCGGUCCGAAAACCCUCAAAUGUCUUCGAUUGCCGGUGUUGAAAGAGCCGCUUUCGACCGCAACUUUGAUUUUGAAGUUAAGAAAUUGGCUCAGGACAAGCGUGCUCAGCCUACUGAGCGAACCAAAACUGAAGAAGAAAAGGCGGAGGAGGAGUCUAGGAGAUUAAAGGAACUUGAGGACAGGCGCCAGAGACGCAUGAGGGGAGAAGAGGUGACCGACAGUGAAGAAGAAGAGGAAGAGAAGGGCAAGGCAGCUGACACGGGCGGGAUGGAAGUCGAUGAUGACGACGAUGAUUUUGGCUUGGGCAGCGGUAUUCGCGCUCGUCGGACGGCUACGGAGCUGGGUUUCGACGACGAGGAUGACUUUAUAAUUGACGAUGAUCUCGUCGCAAGCGGCUCCAAUCUAGAGCCCGUGGACAGCGACGAAGAGUUGGAGGAAGAAGAUGACGAUACGUCGCAACAAAAUGAGGUGGAUGAGGAAGACGAGUUUACCAAGGGCUUGCUGAACGAGGAGGAAGCCAGGAAUCCCAUGUUCCGAGUCAUCGACUCGGACACGCGAGCGGCGGCGGCCCGACAGUCGGAUGAACAGGGACUGCCCUAUACCUUUCCCUGUCCCCAGUCUUGUAACGAGCUUCAAGCCAUAAUCGCCGGCUACUCUCAUGAAUUUUUGCCAGUCAUCGUCCAACGAAUCCGAGCUUUGCAUCAUCCCAAGCUGGAUAGUCAAAACAAAGAGAAACUGGGCAAUUUUGCCAUGGCUCUUGUCGACUUUGUGGCUCUGCCCUGGGACGAAGAGACAUCUCCACCGUUCGCCGUGUUGGAGAGUUUGAUUCGUCAUAUUCACUCUCUUUCCAAGAUGUUCCCGACAGAGGUGGGCAGAAGGUUUCGUCAUCACAUCUCAGACAUUGGGCAAGAUCGACCUUUGGCUCUGCGGCCGUCAGACCUAGUGGUAUUGACAGCCAUCAGCACCAUAUUUCCCACCUCGGAUCACUUCCAUCAAGUCGUGACACCGUCUUUGCUCACUAUGGGUCGUUUUUUGGGCCAGAAGGUCCCUCAAAACCUAUGCGACUACGCGACGGGUGCAUACCUCGCCAUUUUAUGUCUGAAGUAUCAGCAACUAUCAAAGAGAUUCAUUCCAGAAGUGCCUGGCUUUUGUCUGAAUACGCUGUGUGCUCUGUCACCGUCCGCACCGUCGAAACAGCUUGGCAACUUUCCCCGGCACGGACCGCCAGCCGGUAUCCGAAGUCAAAAAAUCGACGCUGUCACUGUUAGGAAGUUGACUCUGGCCGAUUGUGCAGCUGUCGACUCAACAAGUGACUCUGCCAAGGCUGCAAUCAUUGCCACCAUGUUAGAUAUCCUCGACGCCGGCGCUGACCUGUGGGCCGGAAAGGAGGCCUUCUUGGAGACAUUCGGCCAGGUAGCCAAGGUGCUCAAGCACGUCAGCGGCAAGACGUGCCGGCCACAACUGCCGGCCCAAGUAGUGGGCAGGGCGGACAAACUGAUAGCCAAACUCGGACGCAUGCUCAGCCUUGCUCAAAUAUCACGACGACCCUUGGAGCUGCACCACCAUCGACCGCUCGCCAUCAAGACAUAUAUACCCAAAUUUGAGGAGACAUUCGAUCCCGACAAGCACUACGACCCUGACCGGGAGCGUGCCGAGCUGGCCAAGCUCAAGGCCGAGCACAAGAAGGAGCGCAAGGGAGCGAUGAGAGAGCUGAGGAAGGACGCCAACUUCAUGGCAAGGGAGAAGCUCCGGAUCAAGAAGGCCAAGGACGAGGCUUACGAGAAGAAGUUUAAGAGGAUUGUGUCGGAGAUCCAAAGCGAGGAAGGGAGAGAGGCGAAUGCGUAUGAAAGAGAGAAGUCGGCAAGGAAGCGGGCCAGGAACAGGUAG